AUGGAGAACCAGACAGAAGUGCAGGACUUCAUUCUUCUGGGUCUGACAAAUGACCACCAAAUGCAGCACAUUCUCUUCCCGUUUUUCCUGCUGCUGUACAUAGCCAGCUUGCUAGGAAAUAGAGCCAUUGUGGCCGUAGCACAGGCUGAGCCCCGUCUCCACACUCCCAUGUAUUUUUUUCUUAGCAAUCUCUCCUGGCUGGACAUUUUCUACUCUACAGUCACUGUGCCCAAAAUGCUGAAUGGCUUCCUCGUUGAUCCCCAGGUGAUUUCUUUUCUUGGAUGCCUGACUCAGCUGCACUUCUUUUACUUCCUAGGCAGUACCGAGGGCAUCCUUCUGGGUGUCAUGGCCUUUGAUCGCUACGUAGCUAUAUGCAACCCACUGCGUUAUACCGUCAUUAUGAACAAAUGGGUUUGCCUCCUGCUAGCUGGGAUAACCUGGGCUAUUGGGUUUGUUCAUGGCUUGAUGCACACAGUAGUGACCUCCCGGCUAUGGUUCUGUGGCCCUAACCACGUCCAGCACUUCUUCUGUGAUGUCAAGCCCCUGCUGAAACUGGCCUGCAGUAGCACCACCCUUAACCUGAUCCUUAUCAAUAUUGUCACUGGUUCCAUUGCUUUGGGCUCUUUCUUGGUCACACUUCUGUCCUACUUCUACAUCAUAUCCUUCAUUGUGUCCAAAAUUCAGUCCUGGGCAAGCCGUUGGAAAUCCUUCUCCACUUGUGCCUCCCACCUGACAGUGGUGGUGCUCAUGUAUGUUUCUGUUCUUUCCAACUAUAUGCUUGCCUCUGCUGGCGAGUCUGCUGAAAGAGAGAUUAUUACCACAUUAAUGUACAGUGCCGUCACUCCAGUCCUGAAUCCUCUCAUCUUCACUCUGAGAAAUCAAGAUGUAAAAUCAGCUCUGAAGAAACUGAUGGACAGGAAACUCUGGUCAAGAAGGAUAUGA